AGAGAGAGAGAGGGUGGCUGGUGAGGGAGAGGGGAGAGGGGUCUCAGCCCUCAGUCGUGGGGGGUUGGGAGUCAAGUCGAACCCCACCUGUUUGGUUCCACUACCAUGGACUGUCUCUGCAUUGUGACCACAAAGAAAUACAGAUAUCAGGAUGAGGAGACCCCCCCCUUGGAGCAUAGUCCUGCCCACCUGGCUCACAGCAAGAGUGCCGAGAUGCUGCACAUGAGCGACAAGAACCUGGCCACCAUGGACGCCAUGCACGGCUAUGCUUCUCACACACACAUAUCCCCCAUCAAGCCGGUGCUGAUGUCGGCUGGACACACCCCUCUGUACACCUCUGCGGUCUCCACGCUGGCAAACUCGCCUCCAGUGGUGGUGAACACAGACACACUGGAUGGCUCUCCCUACGUGAACGGGACGGAAGGGGAGAUUGAAUAUGAGGAGAUUACCUUGGAGAGGGGCAACUCCGGACUGGGCUUCAGUAUUGCAGGAGGCACUGAUAACCCUCAUGUAGGAGAUGACCCCAGUAUCUUCAUCACCAAGAUCAUACCAGGAGGGGCAGCAGCACAAGAUGGACGACUAAGAGUGAAUGACAGCAUUCUGUUUGUGAACGACGUGGACGUGCGGGAGGUGACCCACAGUCAGGCCGUGGAGGCGCUCAAGGAGGCCGGCGCCAUCGUCCGACUCUACGUGCUGCGCCGCAAACCCGUCGCCGAGAAGAUCACCGAGCUCAAACUCAUCAAAGGACCCAAAGGUCUGGGCUUCAGUAUAGCAGGGGGUGUCGGUAAUCAGCACAUCCCUGGAGACAACAGCAUCUACGUGACCAAGAUCAUCGAGGGAGGAGCAGCACAUAAAGAUGGCCGGCUACAGAUAGGAGAUAAGAUACUAGCGGUGAAUAACGUGUGUUUGGAGGACGUAAUGCACGAGGAUGCUGUGGGCGCGCUGAAGAACACUGCAGAGGUGGUCUACCUGAGAGUGGCCAAACCCAACAACCUGUACCUGACCAACACCUACAACCCACCAGACCUCACCAGCACAUAUUCGCCGCACCUGGACUCAGACCUCGGGCAUCCCAACUACUUGGGCUCAGAUUACCCACAAGCCCUCACUCCCACCUCACCCAGCCGCUUCUCUCCCGUCCUGCACGGCCUGCUGGGAGACGAGGACCUUCCUAGAGAGCCGCGGCGUGUGCUGAUCCAUCGAGGCUCCACGGGGCUGGGCUUUAAUAUCGUGGGGGGAGAGGACGGCGAGGGCAUCUUCAUCUCCUUCAUCCUGGCCGGAGGCCCCGCUGACCUUAGUGGAGAGCUGCGCAAGGGAGACCAGAUCCUGAGUGUGAACGGGGUGGACCUGAGGAGCGCCACUCACGAGCAGGCGGCCGCAGCGCUGAAGAACGCCGGACAGACUGUUACCAUCAUCGCCCAGUACAGACCCGAAGAAUACAGCCGGUUUGAGGCGAAGAUCCAUGACCUGCGGGAGCAGCUGAUGAACAGCAGCAUGGGCUCGGGCACCACCACCCUGAGGAGCAACCCCAAGAGAGGCUUCUACAUCAGAGCGCUGUUUGACUAUGAUAAGACGGUGGACUGCGGUUUCCUGAGCCAGGCAAUAGGCUUUAAGUUCGGGGACGUCCUGCACGUGCUGGACUGUGGCGACGAGGAAUGGUGGCAGGCGAGACGCGUCAGCCCGCAGGGAGACGGCGAGGAAGUGGGCUUCAUCCCCAGCAAGAGGAGGGUUGAGAGGAAAGAAUGGUCUCGGUUCAAGUCAAAAGAAAGGGAUCGGAGUCGAGACAGUAUAGGAUCACAAGUAGGGAGAGAAGAAACAGGGCACAGUUAUGAAACCAUCACACAAGUUGAAGUGCACUAUGCGCGGCCCAUCAUUAUUUUGGGUCCAGUAAAAGACAGGGUAAACGAUGACCUGCUGUCUGAGUUCCCCGACAAGUUUGGCUCCUGCGUGCCUCAUACAACACGACCGAAGCGGGAGUACGAGGUGGACGGCAGAGACUACCACUUUGUGUCGUCACGGGAACAGAUGGAGAAGGACAUCCAGAGUCAUCGUUUCAUCGAGGCGGGACAGUACAACAGCCAUCUCUACGGCACCAGUGUGCAGAGCGUCAGAGAAGUGGCUGAGCAGCAGGGUAAGCACUGUAUCCUGGAUGUGUCAGCCAACGCUGUCCGCAGACUGCAGGCGGCACAGCUCCAUCCCAUAGCCAUCUUCGUCCGGCCCAAGUCGCUGGAGAACGUCCUAGAGCUCAACCCACGGCUAACUGAGGAGCAGGCGCGGAAAGGCAUGGACCGCGCUGUCAAGCUCGAGCAGGACUUCCUGGAGUGCUUCUCUGCUGUUGUGGAGGGCGACCGCUUCGAGGAGGUCUACCACCAAGUGAAAACAGUGAUCGAGGAACAGUCUGGGCCUUACAUCUGGAUCGCGACCAGGGAGAGGCUCUGAGCCUCGGCCCCGAUUCCAGCUCUCCAAUGCAGUCACCAUUCAGCCUAGCCGCCCCUCACCAUGGAGCUCAUGCCUAUAGCGGAACGGAAGAAGAGAGAGAGAGAGAGAGCGAGAGAGAGAGAGAGAGAGAGAGACUGUUCUCUUCUCUUGUAUGCGUUUUCAUUACUCAGUCUCCACAUACGAGAAGGGAUGUUCCACAAUAGGGAAGACAGAAAGCGAGAGAGAGAGAGAGAGAGAGAGAGAGAGAGAGAGAGAGAGAGAGAGAGUCGGGAGUUGUGGGGGAAAGCACAGGUGCUCAAACAAACACCCAGCCUUUUCUUCUUUCCAUCUCUCCUUCCCUCUCUCCACCAUCAUCCCCUCUCUCUCUCUCUCCCUUUAUCCUUUUCUCUCCAUCUCUCUCUCUCUCCCACUCUGGUGUUCACUGUCUCUCUCUCUCUCCUGGUCAGUCAGCCCGGUGUGCUCAGUAAAGCGAGGGGGCAAUGAUAACAAGACUGAGCCGAGACCGAGCGCAGCGGAGAUGCGAAAUAUAAUCCUUGCUCCCCUUUUUGUAUUCCGCCCAGCUCCCUCUUCCUCUCUUCAUCUCCUUCUGUGCACUCAGGACAGGAGCGCAACAGUCCAGUCGACUCAGAGGAAGGGGACGAAGAGGAGGAAGAGGAAGAGGAGAGAGGCAGCACUGACUGUGGGCUGACGGACAGAUGAGCGAAAUUUGAAAUCAGUCGGGCUCAUUUUACAAUAAGACAAAGCAAAGAGUUCCUGAACAAUGAAAGUAUAUUUAUUAAUAACAAUAAUAAUAUGAGAAAUAUCAAAGGUACUAUGACUUUAAAAUGACUUUUAUUCACUUUCAGUCACCCAUCGAAUGGAUUUAUUUGUUUGUUUCUAACAUUUUGUUUUGUUAUUGUUUCUUUAUUUUUUUGGAAAAGUGAAAUGAAAAAAAAAAACCAUGAAAUAGUUAAUGUGCAUGCCUCUUGUCAGAUAUCUAAGAUGGAACCACUGGAGACAUGAGAGGAGGAUAUGAGAGGAGAAGACCGAGGAAAAGAACAGAAGGAGGUGGAGUGGGUUGGUUGUCAUCCUCCUUCUUUUGGCUCUGAGACAGCACAAGCUUCAGACAGGAAGAAGAAAAAGAAGGGAGGGAGAGAGGGAGGGAGGGAGGGAUGGAGGGAGACAGAUGGACGUGACAGAAGAGAAGAGAAGUGAGCAGAUGAGACUGGCUGCUGUUGUGCGUCGUCGUUGUCUUUCUUUUGCACAGGGUGAAAUGGUACACAUUUGGGUUUCUUUCUGUUGUUUUUUGUUGUGUUGUUUUUCUUUAUUAACACCCACAUGCACACAUACAUACACAAACACUCACACACACACACACACACUUGCACACAUUGCACAUACAAACACACACUCACACACACACACACACACACACACACUUGCACACACAUAGAGAAAGAUAGAGAAUUGGAAGCCAAAAGCCUAACGCCAGAGUCACGCGUCUCCAAGCACAGCAUCAAACCUCUCCCUAAUAGCGGCUGGCUGUGGGCAGCUCCGGCCCAAAUGUGGCCCAGGUCCAGUGUUGCGUGUUGCCUGGACAGGACUGGUCCCCAGUGAGCCGCCAUUACGACACACACACACACACACACACACACACACACACACACACACACAUACACACACACACACACACACACACACACACACACAUAUGCCUCCUCCUCCUCCUCAGUCUAAGGCUCUGUACUUGUUACUCCAGCGUUGCCCACUGCUACUGUGCAGAGGAGCCACUGUGACCUCUGACCCGAGGUCAGAAUCAUCCAGCUGUAUUUUGCCUCGUCACCUUAAACGCACUGAGGACCUUUUAAACACGUAUAUACCCCUUCAGCAGAGGCGCCAUUCCCAAAUGGACUUACAGCACGCUACAGUCGGGUAAACAUCUGGCCAGUGGCUGUGUUUACGGGGCCUUGGUCACUCACCGAGUCUGAGGACUGGAGAUGGAUGCAGCUUUGCCCGUGUUUUUUUUCCUCGCUGCACAUGUUUAGAGGCUUUAGAUUUCUGCACCUCUAAUGAAUGAGAUUAAAGUACACAGUGGAUUUGGAGGUACCGCUGAGAAACACUCUUCAAAACCACAGCUCCCCUGAGCCUGUGUGUGUGUGUGUGUGUGUGUGUGUGUGUGUGUGUGUGUUUGUUUACUGUGUGUUUGCGCAUGUACGAUCUGUGUAAUGUAUUUGAGUAUGUGUGUGUCAGUUUUGAGAGUUGCCUGUUAAGUCAGAGCUGCUUACUUUUUAUUGAUUUGCCUACACUAUCUUCUUUUCUCCCUCUUUCAUCAACUCGGUCUUUUCCACUUCCUCUCUUUCUCUAUUUCUCUCUCACACACACACACACACACCACUCUCUCUCACACACACACAUACACACACACACACACACACACACACACACCUUCUCAACCAACUUUCUCAUACAUUUCUUAACCACACGCAAGCCUUCCCAGAGAAUUUAGGAAGACAAGCCCAUUUUAGAGGAGCACAUCUCCGAACGUAAAAAAAUGUGUCUUUUUACAGCCAUAAAUACUGGAUGUAAACACAGUGUUAUGGCAUUUUAU